UAACCUGUGAGAAAUAAAGUUUCGUGAGUACAGACAUCUUUGGGUGGUGUUUGAGAUACCAGCAGCCUCAGCAUGGAUAGAAAACAACAGCAGCAAACUGUGAAUACGGAAGAAAAUGCAACGGAGUUGUUACCCAGAAAUCCAUACAGUUCAAACGAAGGUGCACACUGUGUCUGUCGAUUGCCCAAUGUCACCUUCCAGCCGCAGUGGGUGACACCAAAACCAUGGUCACUCUGGAAAACAUUUCUGGUGUGUCUGCUAGCCUGUCUCAUUGCUGCAACCCUCGUUGUUCUGGUCUUAUAUUUUGUCCACUUUGGCAAACUCACCAAUGGUAGUACCAACGUCAUAAUUCAGACAGAUGGAAAGUCCAGUCCUGUCACCUGCAUCUCUGGUUCUGCCACAUCCCUUGUUUCACCAACUCUGCCUGGAUCUCAGAAUACCCUGCCUUCUACUCCCAUGGCAAGCCAAAACUCCCCCACCAUGGUGCUUCCAUCUGCUAUGGAGAUGACUGACACCACAGUGGACCACGAAGUCAACAUUGAGUAUUAAAAAUGGCAUUUUCAAGCCCUCAGCCCCCCUCCAGCCAGUUCAGCAUCCUUGCCCUGAAGAAGACAUGUCCACAGUGUUCUCUCCUCCUUCCCAAGGGUUCCAAAGCAUUUGGCUUCAUGAGAUCUUAUCCUCUUGCUCAAUCACUUACUGGAUUCCUGUAUGAAAAUGACUCAGUCUUGGGUCUUCCAAUAUCCAAAUAACUGGAAAAGAAAGUUUCAACUUAGCCUAAAUGACUCAUCCACAAUGGACUUCAGUUUUCUUUCCACCCCUUCCUGUAUAACCAACCUCAUUUAUCACUAAUGAACAUUUCAACCGCUGAAGAGGCUGCCAGCUGAACUCUGCUCUGCUUAGCUGUAUGCUGGUCUUUAAGCCAGUAUUUAUUACCCAGUUGUUGGCUAUUUCACAAACUCACACACUUGACAAUUUUUAGCCUUUGUAGUCCAGCAAGAAAAGAUGCAAAUAUCAAUUAAAGCGGUUAAGGAGUAUGAGCUGAUUUAUAGCUACAAGUCCUCCUGUUAGGGGAUUCUGAAAAGAGAGGAGAUGAGUGAGUUAGGAAUAACCAAGGAAGGUUUCAGAGAAGGGUUAAAGUUGAAAAGGGUAAGGGCUUGGAUUUAGGUAGAGGUCAUUAGAACAGAAGGCGUGAGGGCUAAGGAACUCUAUAACAUUUAAAAUCAAUAGUACACUCAGAAACACUUCAGAUGUAACAAAAGAUAUA